UUUAUAACGAAAAACCCUUCCAAGAGUCGGCUGGUGGAGGCCACUUGCCCUAAUCAACGAAUUAGUCUUGCUGCCAAUCGAAGGUGCUUCGUUAACAACAAUGCUUUUCCGAUUUCAACCGUUAAAAUCCUUUUCCCGCGAGAACAUCCGACUAUUGUUCAAAUUCCAAACCCCAAUUCACAGCCUUGACAUCUCCAGUUGUCCAAUUCCUGCGAUUGUCACAAGGAACCCCAAAUUCCAUUUCUUUGGAAAGACAGAGCCUUUUCGUUUUGUUCAUUCAGAUCUUCGACCACUGACUCAAACCCAACAAGACUCGGAUGGAGAACAUGUUAAUACAAUCCAAAACGUCUUAAGGAGUAAAAUUAACAGCACUAAAGGGGAGAUUGAGCGAGCACUUGAUCAGUGUGGUCUUGCAUUGACGGAGGAUUUGGUUUUGAGUGUGCUCAAAAGGUACCGUUCUGAUUGGAAACCUGCUUAUGUAUUCUUCAAUUGGGUACGUAGAGGAGGAAGAGACUCCCUUACAUCUAGUGUUUAUAACGAGAUUAUUGACGUUCUUGGCAAAAUGAGGCGUUUUAACGAGAUGACACAGGUGUUCGAUGAAAUGUCUGAAAGAGAGAAUCUUGUAGAUGAGGAGACAUAUCGGAUUUUGGUGAAUAGGUAUGCGGCUGCACAUAAAGUAGAGGAGGCAAUUAAUGUUUUUCAUAGGAGGAAAGACUUUGGGCUUGAGCUUGAUUUGGUUGCAUUUCAGAAGCUCUUGCUUUGCUUAUGUAGGUAUAAGCAUGUUGAAGUGGCAGAGACGUUGUUCUACUCUAAGCGAAGAGAGUUUUGUUUUGAUAUAAAGACGUGGAAUAUCAUUCUCAAUGGGUGGUGCGUUUUGGGGAGUGUAUACGAGGCAAAGAGGUUUUGGAAAGAUAUAAUUGCUUCCAAUUGCAAGCCAGAUUUGUUUACACAUGGGACUUUCAUAAAUGCAUUGACGAAGAAGGGAAAAUUGGGAACGACAAUGAUGUUGUUUCAAGGAAUGUGGGAGAAGGGUUACAAACCUGAUGUGGUGAUAUGCAACUGUGUCAUUGAUGCACUUUGCUUCAAGAAGAGAAUUCCCGAGGCAUUGGAAGUUUUCCAACAAAUGAAUGAGACAGGUCCUCCCCCGAAUGUAGUGACUUACAAUUCACUCAUCAAGUAUAUGUGCAAAAUUCGACGGAUGGAAAAGGUAUAUGAGUUUUUGGAUGAAAUGGAAGAGAGGGGUGGUAGUUGCUUACCCAAUGAUAUUACUUUCAACUUUUUGCUCAAGUCCCUGAGGAAACCAGAAGAAGUUUCUGUAGUUCUGGUGAGGAUGGAGAGAAAUGGAUGUACCAUGACUACUGAUACGUACAAUUUGAUCUUGAAAUUGUUUAUGGACUGGGAUUAUCAAGAAAGAGUACAACAUACUUGGCAUGAGAUGGAGAAGAAGGGGUUUGGACCAGAUCGGCGAUCUUAUACCAUUAUGAUUCAUGGACUUUAUGACAAAGGAAGAAAUGAGGAUGCUCUAUCUUUUUUCAGGGAGAUGACAUCAAAGGAAAUGAUACCAGAGCCAAGGACUGAGUUGCUGGUGAAUGCCAUGAACACUGAAUUGAAUGAGGAAAAAGGUGAACAGAAAAAGGGUGCAAGCCUGAGUGAUAAAACCUCAAGACCUAUGCAUAAAUGGAAAAGGAAGAUGAGAGCUAGUGUGGUUGCCUCAAUCUCAAGGUGUAACUGAGCUUGAGUUAACUGUAACACUUUUAAUGAUUGGAAGCUUGAAAGAUCCAAUCUGUUUUAUUGGGACACUAUGGCGCCACAUGUUUCUGGAGUAUGUCUGAAUGGGCAAUAAAAUUUAUCAUCCAGCGAACCCCUAAGAUCUCCUCAAGUUUGACUGCAUGUUAGAAGUAAAGAAGAUUUUGUUGCAGAUAAAGGAUAAAAAGCCAGACAAAAAUCACAAGAAGAUCAAUUAUCUGCUUGAGAAGAAUUGGCAGGUGACUAUUAUCUGGUCGAACUCAAUCUCUGUCUCAGUUAUGAUCAUAUGUAAUUUUUAAAUUCAGUACCAUAUAGCAGUUUGCUAGCAUUCAAGAACAGAAGUUUUUAAUUUCACAUCAUAUAAAUAUUUUAGUUCAUCUUCCCAGCA